AGACCGGACCCUGGGGGCGAUGCGGCUGCUGCCCCUGCUGCGGACUGUCCUCUGGGCUGCGCUCCUCGGCUCCCCGCUGCGGGGAGGCUCUAGCCUCCGCCACGCCGUCUACUGGAACUCCAGUAACCCCAGGCUGCUUCGAGGUGACGCCUUGGUGGAGCUGGGUCUCAACGAUUACCUAGACAUCUUCUGCCCGCACUAUGAGGAUCCAGGACCCCCUGAGGGCCCUGAGACAUUUGCUCUGUACAUGGUGGACUGGUCUGGCUAUGAGGCCUGCCAGGCAGAGGGGGCAGGUGCCUUCAAACGCUGGGAGUGCUCCCGCCCCUUUGCUCCCUUUGGCCCUGUUCGAUUCUCUGAAAAGAUUCAGCGCUUCACACCCUUCUCCCUUGGCUUCGAGUUUCUGCCUGGAGAGACUUACUACUACAUCUCGGUGCCAACUCCGGAGAGUUCUGGCCAGUGUUUGAGGCUCCAGGUGUCUGUCUGCUGCAAAGAGAGCAAGUCUGAGUCAGCUCAUCCUGUUGGGAGCCCUGGAGAGAGUGGCACAUCGGGAUGGCAAGGGGGGAGCGCCCCCAGCCCCCUCUGUCUCUUGCUGCUACUGCUGCUCCCAAUCCUGCGCCUCCUUCGAGUUCUCUGAGCCAAGCGGACUCUCUCUGUCACCCCCUGGGAGCCAGAGCCCCCUCAGGACACCUGGAAGAGGGAACCCUGCCACCUGAACUGGGAAUGCCAAGCCAGA